CGUAGCUUACAGCUUAGAGGCUCCAGCGUAGGUCCAACGUAGUAGUAUAUAUCACCCUUAACUGUCAGCACCGUAAGAAUCCCAAAAUGCAUCCUUAUGGGCCGUUUACACAAAACGUGUUUUUCCGUUUCACUGUGCUACUUUUCCAUUGAUUUUCAAUGUAAAAGCGAUAGACGGACAAUGUGCUUAACCGUUGUGUUUGUGUCUUUUGCAGCAUCUGCAUGGCAUGCCAGGUGUUUCUCAAAUCUGGUCCUGGAGGGCCACUUCCCUGCAGAGUUUAGUUCCAAAACUAAUCAAAUACACCUGACAAAGCUAGUCAACAAAGUUACUGGAAAAUUGCAGGUAAGUUUGAUCAUGGUUUGAGCUAAACUCUACAGGACAGUGGCCCUCCAUGCUGGAUUUGAGGAAACCUGACCACUGGUUCCAUUCAAACCGUUUGCGUUCAAAAAGACCACAAAAUGUUUCCUGUGACUAUCAGCGUUAUAUUUACGUGGUGUGACAUGGUUUGAGGCUUACCUACCCCAAACCUUAAACCUACCCUUAAAACAAUGCAAACACAGUGUUGGUGGUAGCACAAUCUUAUAAGUAGAAUUAUUCGUCAAGACACUAGCGCUUAACCACCAUAGAUCUGGUAGCUAAAUCAUUUUUGAACCGAUUGACGGCUUGGCUUUGCCCACCAUUAUGCCUUUGGUCUCCAUUUCAUUGUUUCCCUAUUCUCAAAUCCAUGCAGCUUUAUCUUGAUCAGCGUGUCAGGUGACCCACAACAUUUCCAUGCGCAGUACUGUAUUCUUAAAUCUGCUCUCAGCUCUAGGGGUGUCUAAUGUCCUGGAUUAUUUUCCAACAGCCACAGAUUUGGCAGCGAAGAUGCAUGCGACUCACUUGUCAUUCCACGGCCCAUGCUGCUCUGUUUGGGGUUAUGCUGUGUACAGUGUACCAUUUAAGUGAGGGGAGCUGGUUACAAACCUACUAGAGGAUGCUAAAAAGACACUCUUAAAGAAUAUUAAAAAUAUAUAAAGAGCACCUGUUUUGAAGAGUUCUUACAAUCCUUAGAACCUUAGGAUAUCCCUGGAUCAAAUCUUGACGAUUAUGUAUAAGAAAUUUGGCACAUAAGUUUCAUUAACAAUGCAAAUGGUCAUUUAUAAUUCAUGGGCAGUCGUCAUUAAGUAUUAACUCGAGUCAUUUGAGAUUUUGUUUAUUUGUUCAUUUAGGUCAUUGUUAAUUGAAAAUACAGCUCAUUUGAUAUUAUUUUAGUAAGAAAUCAAGAAUAGCAUAAAUAAGAAUAAUUAAUUCAUUAAAUUAUUAAUUGAAUCCUAAAUUAAACUUUAGUGUCAAUAUUUUUUACUGUGUUUAUCCAAUUGAGUUGUCCAAUGUAUUGGAAUUGUUUAUCUCAACUUUUGGAAGUAAAUACAACUCAAAAACCACAAAAUAUAAUGAGUUUAGAUUUUCCACAGUGUUUUUGCAUUUAUUGCGAACCUUCCUUGCGGUCAGCGCCGGUCACUACAGAGAAACCACUUUUAUAUGCUGGAUAUCUGAUCUGUGUGAAUGUAGCUCUGUUACCAGAUGUUAUAGUAGUAGACCUCUUGUAUAUAAUUAACUCAAAUCAAUUAAUGCUUAGAACUUCCUGUUGACACACAAUGCCUCAUCAUUUACACACAUUAAGAACUAAGACAAACAUGGUUAAACUAUACUUCAGUAUCUCUUGUCCUGAAAUGGAACCAGGAAAAAAAGUGUGGCGUGGUUGAACUUUUUUCAUUCAAUAACAUGAAGAAUGAUACAUUUGUCGUGAAGAAGAAUAAUUUAAUCAGAACUUACUAUCUGUUAUAAUUUUCUUCUUUUAAUUCUAGAAAAAUUAUUUCAGGUGUUAAUCAUGAAACUCGGGUAUACUUGCCAUACUUUAUUUAGCCAACUUGUUUGUGUUGAGGUAUCAUGAGGGACACCGGGAUUAUUCACUGAAUAUUUGAAUCUUGAAUCUGCCCUGUACACUGGCGUUUUGUUUGCUGGCUCUCACGGCUUUAGAUCUUGACUACCAUUAUCUGUAGUCAAGGAGACAUUUGAUUCCUUUUUUUAGGAGUGGAGAGCCUGUUAACAGAGACCCACCUGACAGUCAGGUGUGUCUUCAGCUCUAGAUGCCUCGCUAGAUUGAAUAGCAGGACUUUAACUCAAACCGGCAAGAUGCCUCGCAGAAAAAAUGAUAUUGCGAUAACCGUGGAUGAUGUUGGGAUGGAAAUCGAUGCAGAAUAUGAUAGUGGAAGUGACGUCGAUUCAAAAAGACGAGCAAACAGCAGGAAUAAACCGAAACCUGCUGCUCGAGGAAGGAAAGCCAAGCCCGCUGAUAGCGUGGAGGAGAGCAAUGAAGAAGAGGAGGAGACUCCACGGAAGAGGAAAGGCCGAAAGAAGAAGGAAGUAAGUGAAGACGAGAGCGAGGAAGAGAAGAAGGGAAGAAGAAGGAGAGCAGGAGGUGCGAAGAAGAGGGCUGCCAAGAAAGAUGACUCAGAAGAGGAGAGCGAAGAGGAGAAAGGAGAUAAAAGAAAAGGAAGGAAAAAAGGCACAACUAAGAAGGACAAAGAGGUGGAGAAUGUCAAGGAGAAGAAGGGGAAUGGCAAAGCAGGAGAGAAAGGAGGGAAGGACAAACAGGAAGAUAAGGAUAAGAAAAAGAACAAAGGCAAAAACAGCAGCGUUUCAUCAUCAGAUGACAAUUCAGAAGACGAGUCUCUGUCUGAGGGAGAGAUGACCCGACUAAAAGAGGAAGUGGAGGAAAAGAAAAAGCUGAUAGCGACACUUCGGAACAAACCCUGGCGCAUGAAGAGGAGACUCAAAUGCCUGAAAGAAGCCCAGGAGUUUGUCGAAAAGUUUGAAGGGGCUUUGGGCAAAGGAAAAGGGAAGAGACUCUAUGCAUUCAAAGUCAUGAUGACCAAGAAAUUAAUCAAAUUCAAUAGAGACUUUGAGAACUUCAAGACAGCCUGCAUUCCCUGGGAGAGUCGGAUAAAAGAAGUGGAAAGUCACUUUGGGUCAUCUGUUGCCUCCUACUUCAUUUUCCUGCGCUGGAUGUAUGGAUUAAACCUUGUUCUCUUCGGCUUUGUGUUUGGACUUGUUGUUAUGCCAGAGGUACUGAUGGGCAUGCCUUACGGCUCCCUUCCCAGAAAAACUGUCCCCAGGGAAGAACAGGAUACUGCCAUGGAUUACUCUGUCCUGUUUGAGUUUGGCGGUUAUUGCAAGUACUCUGUUCUAUUUUAUGGUUACUACAAUAAUCAACGAAGUAUUGGAUUCCUCCAGUUCCGGUUACCUCUUUCAUAUCUUUUGGUUGGUGUUGGGAUAUUUGGCUACAGUCUAAUGGUGGUUAUCAGAACAAUGGCAAGAAAUGCCAAUGAAGGAGGAGAUGGAGCAGAGGAUAGUGCCUUCACCUUUUGCUGGAAGCUGUUUACUAGCUGGGAUUACCUCAUAGGAAACCCAGAGACAGCUGACAACAAGUUUGCGUCCACCACCACAAGCUUCAAGGAAUCUAUAGUGGAUGAGCAGGAAAACCUGAAGGAUGAGAACAUUCACCUACGCCGCUUUCUACGCGUCCUAGCCAACGUUCUCAUUCUGUGCUGCUUGGGUGGGAGUGGAUUUCUCAUCUACACUGUGGUCAAAAGAUCUCAAGAAUUUGCCAAAAAGGACAGGAAUGAACUGACAUGGCUUGAAAAAAAUGAGGUUGAAUUGGUGAUGUCCCUGUUGGGCUUGGUGUGUCCACCUCUGUUUGAGGUUAUAGGGGAGCUGGAAGACUAUCACCCUCGAAUUGCCCUAAAGUGGCAGCUGGCCAGAAUCUUUGCCCUCUUUCUGGGCAACCUGUACACUUUUCUGUUUGCUCUGUUUGAUGAAGUCAAUGCAAAGCUUGAAAACGAGAAACAGAUCAAAAAUGAAACCAUCUGGGCUCUUAAAGAAUACUAUGAGAACUACACCUUACACCACAAUGUCACAGAAAACAUUCCCCCUCCAAUGACCUCACCAGCUGAUGUCAUCAGGGGGCCAUGCUGGGAGACAGAAGUUGGCAUUGAGUUUGUGAAGCUCACCGUAUCCGACAUCCAGGUGACAUAUCUGACCAUUCUGAUAGGGGACUUCCUGCGAGCCGUGAUUGUCAGAUUCCUCAACUAUUGCUGGUGUUGGGAUCUUGAAGCUGGGUUUCCAUCUUAUGGAGAGUUUGACAUCAGUGGUAAUGUACUUGGGCUCAUCUUCAACCAGGGAAUGAUCUGGAUGGGCGCAUUUUACGCUCCUGGGCUGGUGGGAGUAAACGUGUUGCGUCUGCUGAGCUCCAUGUAUUACCAGUGCUGGGCAGUGAUGGCCUGUAACGUUCCCCAUGAGAGAGUGUUCAAAGCCUCACGUUCUAAUAACUUCUACAUGGGAUUGCUCCUCCUCGUACUCUUCCUCAGUCUCAUGCCUGUGAUCUACACCAUUAUGACCCUGCCACCGUCUUUUGACUGUGGACCCUUCAGUGGUAAAGAUAAGAUGUACGAUGUGAUCACGGAGACUAUAGAGAAGGACUUGCCACCAUUUAUGGCAGACAUCUUCAGUUAUGCAUCCAACCCAGGCCUUAUAAUUUCUGCAGUCCUGCUCAUGGUGUUGGCUAUUUAUUACCUGAAUGCUGUGUCCAAAGCAUAUCAGAAUGCUAACAUGGAAUUAAAACGCAAAAUGCAAUUGCAAAGAGAUGAGGAGAAGAACAGGAGGAACAACAAGGACAGCACCAACCAGGUGAUGAAAGACCUGGAGGAUCUUAUGCCCAACAAGUCUCUGAUUCCCCCUCCAUCUGCUCAAGAGGCUGAGAAACCAACUGACCAGCUUAGCAAGUCACCAAAAGUGACAGGCAAACCAGGCGCUGCAGCCACCGGGAAAGGGGUACAUGUUCAGAGAGAUGUGUCUUUGGCUGCGGCAAAUCCUCGGGCACCAGUGACUCGCCCUCCAGGUCCCAGGCCGGCUGGGCCUCUCCCAGGUAAUGGCCGUGGACCUCCACCAGGCCAGGGGAUGGGAAGAGGGAGAGGUGGACCACCACCACGAAGAUAAGGCUUUAAGAAUGUAUAUAGUCACACACUCGAGUCAUUUAUUAGAUAUGGAUCCCAGUCGAAUUGUAAUAUUAUUACAGUGAGGAGGUAAAGCUCAAUUAAAUAAAAAAAAUUUGAU